AUGACGGACGCCGGACAUCGUCUUCUCGCACGAUACCGCAGGAUGCAGAACAGCGGGGAUCUCGAACAAUCCAUAAAGCACUUUGAACGGGCCUCGGAUCUCUGUCCCAUGGAUCAUCCCUACCGCCCUGCAGCGCUGUUCAAUCUAGCCGUGGCAAAGUCUGUUAGUUGCCAAGCGGACGGAAGAUACUUCGACCUCGACAUCCCCAUCUCUCUUUUUCAAGGGGCCCUCAACUUGCACCCCACUGAUCAUCCAGACCGAAGUGUCACAUAG